AUGGCAGACGCGCCGUCAACAGCGCCUAAGGCCAAAGCGCCUAAAACAAAAGCACCAAAAGAGAAAGCUGCAAAGGAUGCUCCAGCGGCGCCAGCAGAAUCCCAAAAAGUCGUACGCAAGGCUUCCAAAGCUCGUCACGGUAGACUUUAUGCUAAGGCCGUGUUCACAGGAUACAAACGUGGUCUCCGAAACCAACAUGAAAAUACUGCACUUCUGAAGAUUGAAGGUGCUCGAUCAAAAGAUGAUGCAUUAUUCUAUGCAGGCAAGAAAUGUGUAUACGUAUACAGAGCCAAGAAGAGGACACCUAUUGCUGGAGGACCUCGUGGAAUUAAGACCAAGUUGAGGGCCAUCUGGGGCAAGGUGACCCGUCCCCAUGGCAACUCAGGCAGUGUCAGAGCUCGCUUCAAGUCUAACCUUCCUGCUCAGGCAAUGGGACACAGAAUACGAGUGAUGUUGUAUCCAUCAAGGAUUUAA